AUGGCGCGAAAAGCGCUGCAGACCGACCAGAUCGUCAAGCUCAUCGUCGGCGCCGGCCAGGCCUCGCCUUCACCCCCCGUCGGGCCAGCAUUGGGCAGCAAAGGCGUCAAGUCCAUGGACUUUUGCAAGGAAUUCAACGCCCGCACCGCAAACUACAUCACCGGCACCCCGAUUCCCGCCCGCGUCACCGUCCGCCCCGACCGCUCCUUCACCUUCGAAAUCCGCACCCCGCCCACAGCCUCCCUCCUCCUCUCCGCCGCAGGCGUGGCACCGAUCAAGAACAAGCUCAAAGGCGCGGGCAACACAUCCGGACCGAAUUCCAAGGCGGGCACUGAGGCAAAGGGCAAGGCGUCGUUCAAUGCGGGCGCGGCCCCGGGGAAUGCGGGUUUGGGCAGCGUGGGCACCGUCAGUUUGAAGCAUGUGUAUGAGAUUGCGAGGAUUAAGCAGAGCGAGUCGCGGCUCUCGGGCAUUUCGUUGGAGGGCAUGGUGAAGACGGUGAUUGCGCAGGCGGGGAGUAUGGGGGUGGUUGUGGUGCCGUGA